AGCUGGUCACACUGACAGCAGACGUCACAUUCUAUUAUUUUGUUUUGUUUUGUGCGAAAAGUUUGCAGGCAAAAGUUUGUCAGCGAGCGUGGAGAAAAAAAAACCACAAGCGAAGGGCAGAAUGGCGAGCGGGACAAGCAGCAGCGGAGCGGCAGCGUCGGCGGACACGGCGCCACCGUCGGCGGAGAAGUGGGGCUUCCCCCUGAUGGAGCUCUACCGCCUGGCAUUCGCGUUCUACAAAAGGAACUCGGGCAAGGCCAUUCACCUGUCCUACGAGGACAACCUGAAGCUGAUCGCCUUCAAGCAGCAGGCGGCCCUGGGUCCCUUCAACACGACCCGGGCACCGGCGCUCGGCGUCCUGGACGUGAUCGGACGCGACCGCCAGCAGCACUGGCAGCUGCUGGGCGAGAUCACCCGGGAGCAGGCAAUGGAGGGCUUCGUCGACCUGCUGGACACCAUGUGCAGUGCCUUCCGACCGUAUAUUGAGGCCGUGCGACAGGAUCGCGACGAGACGCUGCGCAAGGAACUGCGCCUCAUGGAGCUGGAGAAGGAGGCACGCGAGCGGCAGGAGAACGCCCAGCAGGAGCUGCUCGAGGAGGGCUACAAGGAGGAGCUGCAGCGCCGGCAGCUGCAGGACGCCCUCAACAAGCAGACGUACCAGCAAUUCAAGCUGUAUGCCGAAAAGCAGUUCCCCGGGAACCCCGAACAGCAGGCCGUGCUCAUCCAUCAGCUGCAGCGGGAGCACUAUCACCAGUACAUGCAGCAGCUCCAUCUACAGAAUCAGAACCAGCUACAAAACCAGAAUCAGAACCCAGAGGAAAAGGGUCACCAGGACAGGGGGCUGGAGGACAACGCUCCUGGCAACAACAACAAUAGCACUACCGAGUUGACCCACGCCAUGGAGGCUCUAAAACUGGAUGACACGGAAACCCAGCAGCAGCACCACCACCACCAAAUGGCUGAGCAGCAGCACGGCCAUGUGGAGCAGGUGGAGCAGGGCAUAGUGCAGGAUCAGCUGGGCGAGGAGGAGUACGACGACUACGUAAUGAUAUGCCCGGCCAAGAUCUGGACUCGUCCCGACAUCGAACAGUUCAAGACUGAGGUGUCUGCCGGCGAUGGCGACGGCGUCAUUACCAUUGGACACGGCGACACGGUUACGGUCCGUGUGCCCACCAACAUGAACGGCAAGUGCAUCUUUUGGGAGUUCGCCACGGACAGUUACGACAUCGGCUUCGGCAUCUACUUUGAGUGGGCCAAGCCCGUGACCAACGAGGUGACGGUGCACGUGAGCGAUUCCGACGAGGACGAGGACUGCGUGGACGAGGACUACCUAUCCACCACCGAGGACCUGGAGUCGGGUUCGCUAUCGCAAGAGCGCGGUGCGGUUAGCAACCCGACUGCCGCCCCCAAGCCACCCAUCUCCAUUAUCGUGCCCAUCUACCGGCGCGAGUGCUACAACGAGGUGUACGUGGGCUCUCACUCGUAUCCGGGCGAGGGCGUCUACUUGCUGAAGUUCGACAACAGCUACAGCAUCUGGCGCUCCAAGACACUUUACUAUCGCGUCUACUACGAACGCUAAGAGGCCAAAAUGUAUUUAAUAUCCACUAACUUAGAUGAAUCCUAUUUCUGUACGACCGGCUCAUGUGCAAGUCCCGACUCCGGAGUUUGGUGUUAUGUUUACGUUUUAUGCAUUUCCGGAAAAUAACCAAUGGAAAAUGCCAUAUAUUUGCAAACCGGAGUAUGGCAUUUUCUAAUAAAACCAAUAUUAUUUAUUAUUUAGUUGUAAACCGACAAAGACAAGUCCAAAAUUCAAUUUGAAAACAAUAAACCAAUAACAAGAAAACUGUA